UUGAUAGCAGGCUGUGCACCACCCUACCCCUAGAACAUACCCCAGGUCCACCCACCGGGAGCAGAAGGCUAUAUAAGAUGAGGUGUCCAGGUAUACUCUCCCAAUCUACCAUCAAGUCUGGUACCUGAUUUUCAUUGACGGUCUCCCACUGUUCAAGCCAUCAUCAUGCGUUUCCAACCUCCUCCAGGCUACCAGCCCAUCUACAACCCCAUUGUCCCAUAUACGGGACCCAUCUACGGUGGUUUGAAGCUGGGGAUGUCUCUGUUCAUCCAGGGAACAGUUCUCAAUGGUGCCACUAGGUUUGCCAUCAACCUGCAGACUGGGCUAGUAGGACUCCCUGACAUUGCUUUGCACUUCAACCCCCGAUUCAAGCCCAGAGAAUGUGUGGUGACGAACAUCAAAAAGGGUGGAAAUUGGCAAACUCAGGAGAUACCUUCUGGGACGCCCUUCCAUGAUGGGGAGAGCUUUCAGCUGCUUUUUAUCGUCAUCUCAGAGGGCUACCAGAUCAAAGUUAACGGUAGUGACUAUUACCUGUUCAAGCACGGUAUGCCUGUGGAGCAAGUCUAG